AUCAAAACACAAACAUUCGUCGUUUCGAUUUUUACGGAAAUUCACUUAAAUAAUUCAAUUUUCAAGCUGUUUAACUGCGGUUUAUCUAGUUACGCUUGUGCUACCAAGGUGAAAAAUAUAGUGAGUGUUGUGAUUGCAAGUGUUUGUUCUCAGCAGAAACAUCGCUGCUGCAUCAAGAUAUUGUUGAGUACAAUUAUUGCUAGUUUUGCCGAAAAGGAUGGCCACUGCAGGUGCCGGUUGUAAAUCGGAGAAUUGGCGUGACACUAUAGCCGACCGUCUUCGAACACGCAACAGAAAUGAAACCUCCAGAUAUGCAGAUAUUAUUGCUUACAACAAUCGAUUGUUUGACGCGGCAGCUAAGCUGAGACAGGAGAAUUUGGAGCUUAAAAUCGAUAAAAAAAUUCGUGACAGUUCCAGUGGUACCAGCGGGUCUGACUUGGUGUCCAUUACUAACGCUCAGAUUCAGUCUCUGGAGAAAAAAAUAUUAGCCCAGCAGGAAGAGCUAACCGAUUUGCACAAACGUAAGGGCGAACACUCGCAAAUGAUUAUCAAUUUGAACCAGAAGCUUUCGGACACACAGCGAACAUUAGCUGAGAAGGAGCGCGCCCUUGCAGAGCAGACUGCGUUGAAUGUCACUUUGCGUGAUGAACUGGAAGAACUGAAGGUUUCCCAUAUUACGAUUAAGGACGAGUCUCUAGCUUCGCAGUUACGAGCGAAUACGGCCGAGGAAAAAUUACGAGCAGUACAGGAUGAAAAUAGCAAACUGCUGAAUCUGCUUAUGGAAUAUAAAUCGCGCGACGCAGAGAUUAUGAAUAAAGAAAAUGACAAAUUUUUCAAGGAGAAAAAAGCUCGGAUUGAGAGUGAACUUGAACGAGCAAUAAAGGAUAUUCCUGGACCUUCAUCCCUUGCGGGAAUGGGUGAUGUAGAUCGUUUCGAUUUCGGCUCUGACGGACCGCCAGAAGGUAUUGAAUUUAAAUUCGAUGCCCACGAUGGGGAAGUAAACGCCGUACGCUGGAGCCCAGUGGAGCGCGUCGUUGCCACUGGUGGUGCUGACCGGAAGGUAAAACUGUGGGAUGUUGGCAAAGGCAUUUGUGAACCGCGUGGUGCUUUAGUUGGUAGUAACCAGGGUAUCAAUUCGGUAGAAUUUGAUACCACUGGAUCACUCAUCUUAGCUGCCUCGAAUGAUUUCGCUAGCCGGGUGUGGACCGUCUGUGAUCAACGAUUGCGGCACACACUUACGGGUCACAGCGGAAAGGUACUGGCGGCGAAGUUUCUCGGCACAUCAUGUCUAGUCACCGGUAGCCACGAUCGGACGCUCAAGGUGUGGGACCUGAAGAAUCGUUCUUGUACGGAAACCAAAUUUGCCGGGUCCAGCUGCAACGAUCUGGUCACGACGGACAGCUUCUCGAUCAUCAGCGGUCAUUUCGACAAGAAGAUCCGAUUCUGGGACACCCGAACGGCGGACUGUGCUGCGAACGAUAUCCCGCUGCAGGGUAAAAUCACAUCGCUGGAUCUGUCCAAGGAUGGCAAGUUUCUGCUGUGCUGCGUUCGGGACGAUACGAUCAACCUGAUGGAUCUGCGCAACAACAAGAUCGUGCGAACGUUUCGCCAUGACAAUUUCAAGGUGGGCUGCGAUUGGGCCCGUGUAGCCUUUAGUCCGACUUGCCAACGAAUUGCCGCCGGUUCUGCAGACGGUUCCGUCUACAUCUGGAACGUAAAUGGACCCCUGGAAACCAUGCUGAAGGAUCCAAACGGAAGUGGCGCCGCAGUUACUGCCGUCAGCUGGCAUCCAUUUAGCUCUGUCCUGGCGUCGGUGGAUCGAGCCAAAAAGUGCACAAUCUGGUCGAAUGCUUAGCAGAUUCUGCUGCCCCAGCUAUUGAUGCUACUAAAGCAGUGUUCGGUGUACCGAUAGCCUUCGGAAGCCAUCGUCGGAGGUGUAUCAUAAAUGACAACAGCAGAAUGUCUGGUAGUGUAGCCGCCUGUGGACUGGUCUGCGUGCGUAUGUGUUUGUUUGAGUAACAUUCAACGAAAGAGCUUUUCGCCGGGGUGUAUAUUGUGAGUGAAUAUCAUUGUUUAGAUUACCAGUUUUGUUUGUGUUGACUUUUACACGAUGCUAUUUUUCUACGAGAAAUAUUUUUGCCGUUCUGUCCAGUACUUUGUAACGUAAAACAUUCAAACUAAUUGCUCUCGCCGAUGUUCUCCAGUUUAACAAAAAAAAGGAAAAAGAAAACAGAACGAUCAUGUAUUAUUAAGGUUCUGCCAUCGCGAUAUACUCUCCAUUAAAUAUAU